UGAACGUAGUCACACCAGAAUCAAUAUCCAAGUCAUUAACUUGUUGUUCACAAAAGACCCUUCUAUAUUAAAGCAGAAUGUCUAAACCAAUAGUAUUCGUAACUGGAAAUGCAAAAAAACUGGAAGAAUUUGUGGCCAUUCUCGGAAAGAAUUUUCCACGAGAAAUUAAAAGUAAGAAAAUCGAUCUUCCAGAAUAUCAAGGAGAAAUGUACGACAUUUGCCGAAAUAAAUGUCGAGUGGCAGCGGAUUUAAUAAAAGGCCCUGUUAUCGUUGAAGAUACAUCUCUGUGUUUCAAUGCAAUGAAGGGUUUACCUGGACCUUAUAUCAAAUGGUUCUUGAAUAAAUUAGGCCCAGAAGGACUAUAUAAUAUGCUUCAUGGUUGGGAAGACAAAACUGCGGAAGCGAUUUGUAUUUUUGCCUACUGUGACGGAGAACCUGAAGAUCCGAUUAUAUUGUUCGAAGGUAAAGUUGAAGGAACCAUUGUGAACCCUCGAGGACCACGAACUUUUGGUUGGGAUCCAUGUUUCCAACCUUUGGGCAGUGAUAAAACUUAUGCAGAAUUACCGCAAGAAACGAAGAAUAAUAUGUCUCACCGUAGCAAAGCAUUGAAAGCACUGAAGGAAUAUUUUAUGAAAAAUCUUCGAGAUUAAAUCAAUAAAUUGUCCUUUCCAAAAUGACAGUAUUAAUUUAAUUUGAUA